AUGGAAAAAGGAUCUUUAAUUGGAGAUAUUUCGAAAGAUUUGGGAAUAGAUGUAAGGCGGCUGAAGGCUGGUCGGGCUCGCAUCGUCUCUGAGGACAACUCUGCCUGUGUGGAACUCGAUGUGGACAAAGGGCUUCUGCUGAUGAAAAAGCGCAUAGACCGGGAGGAGCUCUGUGGACAAACGGUGCCGUGCAGCUUCGGACUCGAAAUGGUUUUAGAGAACCCAAUGGAACUGUUUAGCAUUACAGUAGAAAUUCUGGAUAUUAACGACAACACCCCGUCUUUUCCCACAAAGGAAAUUACAUUGAAUAUAAGUGAAGGAGCACCACUGGGCGCUCACUUCAUUCUCAGCAGUGCAUUGGAUCGCGAUGUUGGAAUCAAUGGGCUUCAAAGGUACACGCUAAAGCCGACGACUCAUUUUAAUUUAAAAGAGCAAACGCACGCUGAUGGUAGUAAAUAUGUCGAAAUGGUUCUGCAAAGCCCUCUUGAUAGGGAAAAGCAGGCUCAAAUGUUCUUAACCCUGACUGCAGCGGACGGAGGAAACCCGCAGCGAACAGGUUCGGUGAACAUACUUAUUAAUGUACUGGAUGCCAAUGACAAUGCUCCCGUCUUCACCCAGGCUGUAUACAAAGCGACGGUGGUCGAGAAUGCAGCUAAAGGGACCUUAGUGGCCACGGUGAGCGCGAUCGACGCAGAUGAGGGUGUGAAUAGCCAGGUAACCUAUUACAUCGAUAGCCUCACGCAGCAAAACACGGGCGUUUUCUCUAUGAAUGAAGGUAACGGAGAAAUUAGAGUUCGUGGCUUGAUCGAUUAUGAGAAAAACAAACAUUUUCAGAUUAACGUAAUAGCCAAGGAUUUAGGAGGACUCUCGAAAUCUUGCAAAGUAAUAAUUGAUGUUUUGGACUUGAAUGACAACGCACCCCUCAUAACUCUGACGUCUUUUUCUAACACAAUUUCUGAGGACUCUUUGCCAGGGACUACUGUUGCAAUCAUUAAUGUGAAAGAUCUGGAUUCCGAAAAAAACGGGAAGGUUAAUUGUACAAUUGACCAGUCUCUGCCGUUUCAAAUUAAAUUAUCCUUAACAAACUAUUACACAUUGACAACAGAAAGAACUUUAGACCGUGAGAUCAUUUCCGAGUACAAUAUUACUCUUACAGCUACUGACCAUGGGGUUCCUCCUCUACGCAGCAGUAAAACCCUUCAUGUAGGGAUUACCGACGUUAACGAUAACGCGCCAGUAUUUGAUCAAAGUGUGUAUGUGACUAGCAUUUCAGAAAACAACACACCGGGUGUGUCUAUUGCUUCAGUUCACGCAAACGAUGCCGACUGGAAUCAGAACGCUAGAAUUUCAUAUUUUCUAGAUCUGACACAGGUCAGUGAGACUCCAGCUUCUUCAAUGAUAUCCGUGAAUUCCGAGACGGGUGACAUUUAUGCAGUACGAUCCUUUGAUUUCGAAGAGAUGAAAUAUUUCGAAUGUAGGAUAAAAGCACAAGAUGGAGGCUCCCCACCUCUUAGUGGCAGCGUGACAGUGAAAAUUAACAUCUUGGAUCAGAAUGACAACGCACCGCAGGUUCUGUACCCAAUACGGACUGGUGGAUCUCUGGUGGCUGAAAUGGUGCCCCGUUCAGCAGAUGUUGGCUACCUCGUCACUAAAGUGGUGGCUGUGGAUGUGGACUCUGGACAGAAUGCAUGGCUCUCAUACAAACUGCUGAAAACGACAGAAAGGGGACUCUUUGAUGUGGGAUUACAGAACGGGGAAAUCAGAACUGUCCGUCAGGUCAGUGAUAAAGACCCAGUGAAACAGAAGCUUACAGUUGUAGUGGAGGACAACGGACAUCCCUCUCGAUCUGCUACAGUCAAUGUGAACGUGGUGGUGGCGGACAGUUUCCCUGAAGUGCUCUCGGAGUUCAGUGACUUUACGCACAAUGGAAACAAUCUCGGAUCUACUGCAACUCCAAUCUUCCGGUUAUUCCAUAUUAUCCGCCAUGCUAUGCAGACGCUGGUGGCACAGGAACGCUACGGCACAUGUACAAUUACGAAGUCUGUAUGA